AUGUCGAUAUUCGAGUACAAUGGAAGUGCUUUGGUGGCAAUGGUGGGAAAGAACUGCUUCGCAAUAGCCAGUGACCGAAGACUAGGAGUUCAGCUUCAGACCAUCGCCACUGAUUUUCAAAAGAUUUACAAAAUCCAUGAUAAACUGUUCAUUGGACUUGCCGGCCUUGCCACUGAUGCCCAGACAUUGCACCAACGACUUGUUUUCCGGCACAAGCUGUAUCAGCUCAGAGAAGAGAGGGACAUGAAGCCUGAAACUUUUGCCAGCCUAGUUUCUGCGAUUCUGUACGAGAAAAGGUUUGGGCCAUACUUCUGCCAACCUGUGAUUGCUGGAUUAGGAGAUGAUGACAAGCCAUUCAUCUGCACAAUGGAUUCUAUUGGAGCAAAAGAACUUGCCAAAGAUUUUGUUGUUGCUGGAACUGCUUCAGAAUCUUUGUAUGGUGCAUGUGAAGCAAUGUUCAAGCCUGACAUGGAACACGAAGAACUGUUUGAGACCAUCUCUCAGGCACUGCUAGCUUCAGUCGAUCGUGACUGUUUAAGUGGGUGGGGUGGACACGUCUAUGUGGUGACACCAACCGAAGUAAUUGAGAGGACUUUGAAAGGACGGAUGGACUGA